CGAAUAGGUAGCAUCACGACACCAUGAUAAGCUCCCUGAAGGAACAACAGAGCAAGUGAUGGAUUCUGUGCUUGUCGACGAAAGAACUGGAGGCCCUGCUGCAAGACCCGCAGACCCGCUUGAAUAUUUGGUCGACGUACAAGCCGUCUACCAUUUAUAUAGCCAGAAAACGAAUGUUGCAAACAAGACACACCUCAAGGCAUCAACGACAACACCGUUCAUCUCAUCAAUCCAAAUUCACCCUCUUCUAUGGUCCCUUCUUUCCCUGCUCGACCUGGUUCCUCAUUUCCCUCCUAAUCCCUCCGCUUGGAUCUUGAGGCGGCUGGUGGGACUGACGAAGACGCGACGAGGACGGCAACACGAAUGCAGUUUGGUUCGAGACAGGACGCGAUUCCCGCUUGCAACUCACCUUCAAGGAUCCUUGUCCAUUGUGUUUUCUCGUCGCACUAUCAUGGAAUUUCGGUCUAUCCUAGGCCACACUCAAUUUAACUCAAUUUACACUGAAUUUCUUGGAGCGUAUCUCGAGUGGUUUGGAGGAUGA